AUGACUAGCGCAUUGUCCGCCGUUUCCAGCAUCAGAGACAUCGACAUAGAGCUGAAGCAGCGUCCUGAUUCGUUCCUCCAUGAAGCAACCGUCCGGUCCGCUCUAACACCAUCACCAUCCAUUGAUAGCCCGGAACCACCGCUGGACUGUGGAUGGCGCGCCUGGCUUACCGUUGCUGGUAGCUUUCUUGCUCUAUUCUGUUCUUUUGGUCAGAUCAAUGCGUUCGGGACCUUUCAGGAGUACUAUGCCACACACCAGCUCAGUCAUCUUCCUGCGUCGACGAUAUCAUGGAUUGGCUCAAUGCAAUUAUGGGUCUUUUUCUUCUCGGGUACCUUAGUGGGACAACUAUUCGAUCGUAUUGGACCAAGGCCUUUGCUCGCGUUUGGUUCCGCAGUCCUAGUGUUCAGCACGAUGAUGACGAGUAUAUGCACGCAAUAUUAUCAGUACAUGCUCUGUCAAGGCGUUCUGGGUGGCCUGGGUGUCGGAAUACUCUUUUACCCAUCACUGGCCUCCGUAUCCACUCAUUUUAGAAAGUACCGAGGAACAGCCAUUGGACUCGCAUCCUCGGGCUCAGGCAUCGGCGGAGCCAUAUUUCCGAUAAUGCUGCCUCGUCUGUUCAGUCUCGUUGGAUUUGGCUGGGCCGUACGCAUCUCUGGCUUCCUCUGCCUCGCAUGUUGUGCGCUCGCACUAGCUAGCAUUACGAGACGACGGGCCUCUGCAACGAGUGCAAUUCAACCACAGACUACACGAAGGUGGUUUGAUCUGACGUCAUUGAAAGACGCACGCUUCGUGUUUCUUACAGCUGGGAGCGCGUUGAUCUCAUUUGGCCUAUUUAUCCCUUAUUUCUAUCUCUCGACUUACACUGAAUCCCUCGGCUAUGGCACGACCGCGACCCGGACCUCAUUUUCCACCUCUCUCGCAAUAAUGAACGGUGCUUCGGUCCUCGGACGUCUGCUCCCUCCCCUCCUGGCAGAUGUCAUCGGCCCCUUCAACACCCUAACACCUGCAUCAUUCCUUUCCGGUCUCUUUUGCCUCGGAACGGUACUGCCAGACAAAUCUGGGAGGUUGAUCAUCGCGUUCGCGGUAAUGUACGGGUUCAGCAGUGGCGCGGUCAUCGCUGUGAUUCCGCCCUGUGUGGCGCGUAUCACGGAGGUCGAGAGAAUUGGGAGUAAUAUGGGGUUAUUGUAUACUAUCGUUUCCUUCCCAGCACUCCUAGGCGGUCCAGCCGCUGGUGCAUUGCUGUCUAGAGCGCAUGGAUCAUAUACGGGCCCGAUCGUCCUCGCGGGAUCGACGUGUUUGGCUGGGUCGCUGUUCAUACUCUGGGCGCGUCUGAUGGUGGAUCGGAGGGUGUGGCGUAAGGUAUAG